AUGCUACUUGCUAAAUCACACCAUCCGAAUAUGGUGAAGUUGAUUGGCAUUGCGAUAUCCCAUGACCUUGGUGCAUGUCUGGUGUUUCCUUGGAUGGCGAACGGAGAUAGCCUUUCCUAUAUCCAAUCCAACGACGUCCCUCGGAUUCGCGGAACUCUCGAAGGUCUUAGAUACCUUCACAAGCGAGGCUUUGUACAUGGAGAUUUGAAAGCUCGCAACGUUCUGAUUUCCGACGACGGUAUUCCAUUAAUAUGUGAUUUCGGGCUCUCAACAUCUACCGAGCUUGAUGACGAGCAGCCGUCAAAAUCCAUCCAGCGUGCGGGGAAUGCCCAGUGGAUGGCGCCAGAGGCGCUGAUGGAUGAUGUCCGAAAGUGGACGAAAAAGUCUGAUAUGUGGGCCUUUGGCAUGCUCAUGAUUGAGAUCCUGACUGGCGAUUUACCAUUCCCAAAUGGGAACGAACCAUCCAUACUUUUGGAUAUUAAACGAGGUCGUCUUCCGUUGCGACCCACACAUCCUGAAUGUUCGGAUGCGUUGUGGAGCCUGAUUCAGGCUUGCUGGGAAAUGUCACCAGAUGAGAGGAUCACAGCCAAGGCAGCACUCGACCGGAUGAAUCAGAUAUAA